GCGGAUACACCUCUCUCUCUCUACGCUCUCUCUCUACACAUUCAGACCCACCUAAGUCACCCACCGUCAAAUUCUUUGAUAGCCUCUCUUCCAUGAAACAAACCCCAUUUUGUUAAAUCCUCCAUUUUUUUCUUCAUUUUUCAUCGGAAGAAUCCUAUUGGGUUCUCGAAUUCAUGAGCUUUUUAUCAAAAGGUUGAAUCUAAGGCUUUAAUUUUUCAACAUUCUUUUGGGGCUGGAGAAGGAAAGUAGAGAUUAUUUGCAUGAAUAUAGAAUGCCAGAUUUAAGAAGUGGAGUUCGACGUUCAAAGAGGAUCAAUUAUGUCCAGGAAGAUCCUGCUGUUCUAGUUCCAGCUGUGCGGCCUGGUGCUGGAAAAGUUCUGACUGGUAAAGGUAGGGGUAGAGGGUCUAGAGCCCUGAAUCAAGGUAAGAAUUCCAAGCUUUUUGGUGCUGGAGUUGGUGGCCAAGGGCAUACAGGUUUGGGUUUUCCAGAAAGAGAAUUAGCGCCGGUUCACGACGAGUUGGUAGAUCAGAAAGGUGCACAGAAAUUGGUUGCUAUGGAGGAUGAAGGAAGCACUAGUCCACUUCCGGACAGAGUACAGGUUGGCAAAUCUCCCAUGUACAAGCUAGACAGAAAGUUGGGGAAGGGGGGUUUUGGACAAGUUUAUGUGGGAAGAAGGAUGACUGGCGGCUUAGGGUGCUCUGGGGCUGAUGCCUAUGAGGUUGCUCUGAAGCUUGAAAGUAAAAAUGGUAAAGGUUGCAGCCACGGCCCUCCUUAUGAGUGGCAAGUAUACAGUACUCUUAAUGGAUGCUAUGGGCUUCCCCUCGUCCAUUACAAAGGUCAACAGGGAGAGUACUAUAUCCUAGUCAUGGAUAUGCUAGGGCCAAGUUUAUGGGAUGUUUGGAAUUCUCGCAAUCAGUUGCUGCCUGAAGAGAUGGUUGCUUGUAUAGCGGUGGAGGCAAUCUCUAUUCUGCAGCAGCUUCACACUAGAGGUUUUGUGCAUGGAGAUGUUAAGCCCGAAAACUUUUUACUUGGUCUACCUGGAACACCUAAUGAGAAGAAGUUAUAUCUUGUUGAUCUUGGUUUGGCUUCCAGAUGGAGAGAUGGGUCUUCUGGACGUCAUGUUGAUUAUGACCAAAAACCUGAUGUUUUCAGGGGAACUGUACGUUAUGCAAGUGUACACGCUCAUUUAGGAAGGACAGGGAGCCGAAGGGAUGACCUUGAAUCGUUAGCUUAUACCCUAAUAUUUCUCCUUAGAGGAAAGCUUCCCUGGCAAGGCUACAAUGGAGAGAACAAAGGUUUUCUUGUUUGCAAGAAGAAGAUGGCAACUUCUGCUGAGACGCUAUGCAGCUUAUGCCCUCCCCCUUUUCAACAGUUUCUUGAGAUGGUUACCAAUAUGAAAUUCGAUGAAGAACCAAAUUACUUAAAGCUGAUUUCCCUUUUUGAUAACAGCAUUGGCACAAUUGCCUCUCUGCGACCUAUCAGAACUGAUGGAGCUGCAAAGGCGGGUCAAAAAAGAGGAAGAUUGCCUGUUGACUCGGUAGAUGAUGAGCAACCUAAGAAAAAAGUUCGCCAAGGUAGUCCAGCUACUCAGUGGAUCUCGGUCUAUAAUACCAGAUCAUCAAUGAAACAAAGGUAUCACUACAAUGUUUUGGAUCAAAGACUGGACCAGCACAUUGAUAAAGGAAAGGAAGAUGGUUUGUAUAUUAGUUGUGUCGCUUCAUCUACAAAUAUGUGGGCUGUCGUCAUGGAUGCUGGGACUGGCUUCACAUCCCAAGUUUAUGAACGAUCAUCUAUUUUCUUGCACAAGGAAUGGAUAAUGGAACAAUGGGACAAGAACUACUAUAUUACUUCACUUGCUGGCGCAUUAAAUGGCAGUGCUCUGGUGGUAAUGUCCCAAGGUGUGCCUUAUACUCAACAAUCCUACAAAGUCAGUGAUGUGUUCCCUUUCAAAUGGAUUAAUAAGAAGUGGAAAGAAGGUUUCUCUGUUACCUCCAUGACUACUGCAGGUAGCAGAUGGGGUAUAGUCAUGUCCCGAAAUGCAGGUUAUUCUAGUCAGGUUGUCGAACUUGAUUUCCUGUAUCCCAGUGAAGGAAUCCAUAGAAGAUGGGAGAACGGAUAUCGGAUUACCUCCACUGCGGCUACGGAGGAUCAAGCUGCAUUCAUACUUAGUUUACCCAAGAAGAAAUCACCAGAUGUGGCUCAAGAAACUCUACGGACAUCGAUUUUUCCAACUUACCAAGUGAAGGAAAAAUGGUUAAAGAAUCUCUACAUUGCAUCUAUCUGCUACGGGAGAACGGUGUCUUGAGGAUCAGGUUCGGUGAAAAGCUGCAUGAUGAUGUUAAAUGCAGCGACACCAAGGCGGCAUUAUGUACUUCUCGGCGGAUGGCUGAUUGCACCUUUUGUCUAGCCUUCCUGACGAUACAGAAAGUUCUGUACCAUGUGGAGGAGGCAAAAAUGCUUUCAUGGAGAACGUAUGAGUAGAGGCACUAAAAUGUACCGGCAUUCGUGCUUAUCGGAGGUAGUUCAAAGACGUAGAAGUUUGUACUCUUGGUAUGUUGUAUUUUGGUUGUAGAAGGGAUGCAAUUCUCCAAGUUGAAGGGAAAAAAACAUAACCUCUUGGGGGAGAGUUCAAGUUUAAGAAAAAAAGAAACUCUUGGAAGGCAUUUGGGACACAAGUGUGUCACCCUCCCAAAAGUAUGUGUGUAAAGGAAUUGUAAUAUUUAUUAUAAAACAAAAGUAAUGAAAAUUGAAAAAUUGACUCA